AUGGAUACACUCUGGAAUAUGUUACUUCGUCACCAGUACCCAAGGCUGCAAGCCGCCAUCGUCGAUUUGCGUCGAAUCAUGAAAAACUUCGAGCACCUCCUUCCGCAGCGCUUCAGUUCACAGUCAACUCAUAAUGCUGUCCUUCCACACAUAGAUGGUGUUACGCUAGGGUUCGAGACUUGCCUGAAAUUGCUUGCACAGUUACUUUUUGGUGAUAAUGACUCGGAUUUACAACGACACGACAGCCUUGUGACUUUAAGUAAUGCUCUCUAUCGAAAUUUUCCAGCCGACAAGUUCCAGGCUCUUGGUCCGCAAGGUAAAUUUCUACGCCGAGAAAUUGGUUUCUUGGGCCGUCUACGGACUUCAUUCAAGGUCCUUGUUGCUGCUGCGACGCAACUAUCUGGUUUUGACGACCUGUCCCUUAUUCCCGUGGUAAAACCAAAAAUUCGAAAGAAACUAUAUUGUCAGGAAUGGAGCCCGGCCAAAACAUUUCGAUCACUCAACAUUGAACUAAGUGAUGCGGCGGUCGGGAAGCUAAUGAACUCUCCAAACUCGAAGGCGAAAUGGACGAAGAAUAAAUUAAUCAUCGACUUUUGUCGACUCAGUUCGCCGACUCGGGAGGUACACGCUGAGGCCCAGCUCAUAGCCUUCACCCUCAGCAACCCUGACGAAAUUGCCAAUGGAAAAAGGUUCGACUACAUUGGCUGUAGCAGGUAUAUCUGUCUGCAAUGUUCCAAAUUCUUGCGCUGCUUCCCAGGGCUGAGAACACGGGGUUGUCACGGCAAGUUAUACAACCACAGCUGGACUCUUCCUCUGGGGGACAGCUUGGGGAAGGAAGAACAGCAGGAACUGUACCGAGCUGCGAGAGAAGUUACAUCGUGGAUGCGAAAGAAGCUAGUGGGCAGCCCGAUAACAUCGCGUAAUAGAAAACCAGAGGUCAAAGAAUCAACGAUUGGCGACAGUCUCAUCUCAAUGCUGCAGAUAAGCCAAGAAAGUCACCCGCAGAGUCACGCUGUAUCGGAGCAUCUCCGCCGGCAACGAGCUCAAAGUUCUAAUGGGAAAUCAAGACAUGAUAGACUCCUGGAUUAUGUCCAAGAUGAGGAAACAUCGAGAGUCGAAGCUCAAGAUGAGACCUUUGAAGAAAGCACUAAAGCAUUAUGUAGUACAUGCUGGAAGGCAAGCACUAGACCAUGCUCUCGCUGUCGACAAGGCCCGUUCUGCAACGAGAAAUGCGAGCGGAAAAUGCCAUUGUCACACCUCCUCAAAUGCAAUAUGCGGCAAGUUACUUCGGCAGAUUAUCUCUAUCAGGAUGUCCUUGAAGAUAUAGUUCCUACAGAUCCCCAGGUACGACAGGACUACUGGCUCGACCGAUGCCAAACUUCGCAUGAAGAAUCGCAUCUGUUGGGGCUUUUCGCCGGACUUCUCCGUUACCAUCAUUAUCCCAUUACACGUGAAGAACUUCAACAGUGGAGGUCAGACUUAGGUGGCAACGCAUAUCUCGUGACAAAGAUAGUUGAGAAAUUCGAGGAGCUUCCUAAGGGCAGCACAGGCGGCUACUUCCCUUGGUUUCUCAGACACCGCAAGCGCUUCGAGCUAACAGCUAACGAUAAGUCCAUUCCACAUAGACCACGUCCUGAGAGGCAAUUACAAAACAUGCAGGACAAAGCCCGGAAGUAUCUAGCCCCAGAAGACCAGAACAAGGACUUUAACGACUUGAGUCCCUUUUCGAAGAUGCAUUGCUUUGCCUUCUACGGUAUUACCAUAGUCAACUCCUAUCCGCCUCCGAUGAAUCUAAACAGCUGUUAUUGGUUCGACUUUGGUUUCGUUGUAUGCCAGGACCGACAUGAGGAAGAAACCCUUGGCAGAAUGUACAAUACCAUGCUAUUCGGAUCAUUAUCCCGACUUGAGUACGAAGAGAGUCUCCAGUCCUCAAUUCCGGCUACAUUCACGGAGAAGAAAGACCCUGCCUGUGCCUUCGACGAAUUCUGA